CCAAUAGUUAACCCUUAUUGAGCGCUCUCAACUGUUGCUUAUAUAUCCACAUAUAACUAAAUAUUAAGGGGAUAUUAAUUUAAGCAGCGUGCACAAUUGGGGGCGUUGCACUUGGCACGGUCUGGCAAUGCUAUCAGCUGUUUCUGCAAAACAACAAAAAAUUGUUGCUGAUGUUGUCGUGAAUUUUUGAAAUUUCCACUGAUUUCUGAUCGCCGAUCGGUGAUUAUCUUGGAUUAUCUGGGAUAAUGGAGCGGGAAAGGGAUAGCCGCCUAUGCGCCGUCACCUUCUUCGCGAAAUUGCAUCCUGGCGACGUUUGCGGCACAAAUGGACUUCCUUUGACGCCAAAUUCCAUUGCGAUCCUGGGACGCGCCCAAAAACUCAAGGAACUGCAGGACGAACAUCUGUGCCAGUAUCUGGAUGUGAUUCGCGGCAAGCAUGAACGCACCAUCGUCGUUUCGGAAUAUUUGGGACUCUCCCUGGAGGACUAUGCCAAACGUCAUCCUCCGCUGGCCAUCGCCCAGAUACUGAGGAUUUUCUAUCAAGUGGCCAGCGGCAUUGGAGUCCUAAGCCAACACCAUCUGGUGGCCCACAAUCUGGAGCCUAGGCACAUCCUAAUCUCCGGCGACGGUCAGCGGGUGAAGCUCUUCAACUAUGGACUGCACCACAUGACCAAGGGCGGUGCCCAUGUUCCUUUUCCCAUUGGCAAUAUUCGCUAUAUGGCGCCGGAGCGAUUGUUAGGACUAAAUGGCAAUGUCAAGAGCGACAUUUGGUCCUUGGCCCUGGUGAUCGUCGAGCUGGUAUUCCAAAUCGAACUGUGGCCCAAGUUGAAACUCUCGAAUGUGGUUAGGAAAAUCCUGGCCUUUGGCCGGAGCAACGGAGUGCUGGAGAAGAUUGCGCGGGAGCAUCAUUGCCAUGAACGCUAUGUGGAAAUGGACAAGGGCCUGCGACAGCUGCUGGAAAGCUGUUUGAGCGUUCUACCGAAGAGGCGACCACUGCCCGCGGAGCUCUUGAGUCAUCCCAUCUUCGAGGGAGUCCUUCUGGAUUUGCAAAAGGAGAAGAUCCAGAAGAAGGUGCAGCAAACCGAGCAUUUACCUCUACUGCUGCGUUGUCCUUUGGCCCAAAUCUAUCACCUUUGGCAACUGGCAGGCGGAGAUGUCCAGGCGGAGCUGAAAAAAGAGGGUCUCAUUCGUAGUGAGGCGCCCAUUUUGGGCCUGCCGCAGAUCGUCCGGCUGAGCGGAGCGAGCGUUUGUCCAGGACGAAGUCAGGCGCAGCUGAUGGACGAUCGAGUGGUGCCGCUGCGCCUGAAGGCGCUGCUCCAGCGAUUAAGUCGAUUGCCAGCCGGCGUCUACUUUCCGCUGCUCCAUUCGCCGCGCUUUCCCGCCCAUUUCGCCCGCGAACUGCAGGAACUACCGCUGGUAAUUCGCGAAAAGGACAUCGAGUAUCAGUUCCAGCGGGUGCGACUGUUCACGCGAAUUCUUCAGGGCUAUCCGCACACAGCGGAGCAGCUGCAGCGCGAGGCGGCCGUGGAUGUGCCGCCGCUUUUGCGGGGUCCAAUUUGGGCCGCCCUUCUGGAGGUGGUGCCGAAUGGUAGUUACUGCAAGAUUGACAAGUUCACGGCCACCAGUACUGAUCGGCAGAUCGAGGUGGACAUACCGCGCUGCCAUCAGUACGACGAGCUGCUCUCCUCGCCGGACGGACAUCGCAAACUGAGGCGGCUGCUCAAGGCCUGGGUCACCGCCCACCCGCAGUAUGUCUACUGGCAGGGAUUGGACUCACUAACGGCGCCGUUUCUCUUUCUCAACUUUAACAACGAAGAAUUGGCUUUCCUCAGCCUGUUCAAGUUCAUUCCGAAGUAUUUGCAGUGGUUCUUCCUUAAGGACAACUCGGCGGUGAUCAAGGAGUACCUAAGCAAGUUCUCCCAGCUGACCGCCUUCCACGAACCGCUCCUCGCUCAGCAUUUGGCCAGCAUUUGCUUUAUACCCGAGCUGUUUGCCAUCCCCUGGUUCCUAACCAUGUUCUCUCAUGUUUUCCCGCUGCACAAGAUCCUGCAUUUGUGGGAUAAACUUAUGUUGGGCGACAGUUCGUAUCCGCUGUUCAUUGGCAUAGCGAUACUGCGCCAGCUGAGGAGCACGCUGCUCACCUCCGGUUUCAAUGAGUGCAUCCUGCUCUUCUCGGAUCUGCCGGACAUUGUGAUGGACGGGUGUGUGCUGGAGUCGCAGAAGAUGUACGAGGCCACGCCGAAGAGUAUUACUCACCGGCAGCACGCCCUGCGAUUCCAACCGCCGCAAGCGCUGGACAUUGGCGUGGCGGACGUGGAACUGAAGCACCUGCAGCAAGAGCAAUGCCCACGUAUCAGCGCCAAGGAUGUGCAAUUCCUGCUGGACAACUCGCCGGCGGAGCUGGCCCUCGUCGAUCUGCGCAGUGUGGUGGAGUUUGGACGCGUUCAUGUGCCGCAUAGCAUCAACAUUCCGUUCGCCACCGUCCAGCUGGGCGAGCAGCGACUGGAGGCCCUGCAGGUGCCUCAAUUGGAGGCGACACUGCGGGGCAGGAUCGUGGUAUGCGUGAGCAACAUCCAUCAGCACUCUGUGGAGUUCUCGCACUUUUUGGUGGCCUGUGGCGUCCAGCGCACCUGCAUUCUCCACAAAGGAUUCAACGUCCUGCACUCCAUCGAGCCAAAUAUACUCAUCUCAAAUUGAGCCCCGAGUGGCCGAUAGUUUCUCGUUAGCCUCAUCGCUUCUGCUCGUCUAGCCUAAGCUCCAUGUAAAUUUAUUAUCUUUUUUAAAUGGAAUGUAUUUGCAAAUAAAUGAUAUGUGUCUUACAUAUAUAUUAUAACUGA